AGUGUAUAAAUGUGCCGAAAUACCUCGACCACACAUAGUCAAGUAGUUUUGCUUGGCCUGCGAAUAUCGUAGGGCGAUCAUGAAGUCCAUACUGUUAGUGGUCGGCUUAGUGGCGGUGCUUGGCAACGUCGGGCCUAUAUCUGGCAUGCUGCCGUCUGAUUGGUUCAAAGCGGAGCCACGCAAACAUGGGCUUGAGUCCAUAACGAAGACCUUCAAUACUAGAGAUAUAGCAAAUAGAUAUAUCGGUAGAAACGUCCACGGUGAUCCAAGAGAUAACUCAGGCUGGGAAACUUCAAUACAAAAGAAGAAAAGCCUAAACCAGAGGGCAUCCCAGGAUUCUGAAAGCGAAAGCAGUGGUUACACAGACGGCAGAACCACCUGGCAGUCAGAAUCGUCAAACCAAAACUCCGCCGCCGCGAAGUCUAAUGACGAGUCAGAAACUCAGUACCAAAAUGGCCCGGAUGGCCAGAGACGAUCAGUCAAAAAGUCCCACCAUGACGAGAGUCAGAAGCAAGACUCUCAAUCAUAUAAUUCAUAUACGUAUGUAAAUGGGGACGAUGACAAUGGUGGUACCCAAAAGACCUCCAAAAAGUCAAGUAAUAAAAGCGAAUCUCGCUCAAGUAACCAACAAUAUGAAGAGUCUAGCUCUUAUUAUGGAAAUGAUAAUAAUGGUAAUACCGACGAUACUGAUAGCACUACAGGACAAAGCAACGACGACACUCAGAACACUACAGGACAAAACAACGACGACAAUCAGGACGCAACGCAAUGGGCAGGACAAGGAAACGGCAGUGGAGAGGAUAAUGAUAAUAAUACUGACGGUCAAGGCAAACCCAAUAAUUCGAAUUCAGGAAAAACCAAUAACAAAAAACAUAAAAAUAGAAGGAAGCACCAUGGCUCAAAAGGAAAACCACAACAAGGAAGCACCACUGCAGGUACAACCUCUUCAGCAGCAUCAGGCAGUAGCGCCUCCUCCUCGGUAACUAACAAUGGUGGUUCAAAUACCGCGAGCUCUGCAGCAAGCAGUGCCUCCUCCACGGGUACUAACAAUGGGUCAUCAGGACAACAGACAGGCUCACAGAGCACUACCCACACCCAGUCCACCACCUCCAACGGAUCAGGGUCACAGUCUACCAGUCAGGGUCAGUCAGCCGGCAAUGCGCAAUCAACAGGGUCAUCAGGACAACAGACAGGCUCACAGAGCACUACCCACACCCAGUCCACCACCUCCAACGGAGCAGGGUCACAGUCUACCAGUCAGGGUCAGUCAGCCGGCAAUGCGCAAUCAACCGGGUCAUCAGGAACACAGACAGGCUCAACAAGCACUACCCAGGCCACCACCUCCAACGGAUCAGCCGGGUCACAGGCAGUCUCACAGAGCACUACCCAGUCCACCAACUCCAACGGAGCAGGAUACACCAGCAGUUCUACAGCAACCAGUGGCGCCACCUCGGGAUCUAACAAUGCCGGGUCACAGACAGUCUCACAGAGCACUACCCAGUCCACCAACUCCAACGGAGCAGGAUACACCAGCAGUUCUACAGCAACCAGUGGCGCCACCUCGGGAUCUAACAAUGCUUCAGGAACACAGACAGUCUCACAGAGCACUACUCAGUCCACCAACUCCAACGGAGCAGGAUACACCAGCACUACAGCAGGCAGUGGCGCCACAUCGGGAUCUGGCAACGGUGGUUCACAAAGUGGCACCACCUCUACAUCAAGCACUGGCACCUCCUCCUCCUCGGGAUCUGGCACUGGGUCACAGUCUUCCGGUCAGGCAAACAGCUAUGCGGGAUCAAACGGGUCAUCGGGAACCUCUACAUCACAGACCAAUAGCCAGUCUACAUCCAACACCAGCGGAUCAGGAAACAACGGCUCUACAGCAAACAGUGGCGCCUCCUCCACGGGAACUAACAAUGGUGCUUCACAAACCACCACCUCUACAUCAAGCGCUGGCACCUCCUCCUCGGGAUCUGGCACUGGUGCCCAAAGCUCAGCAUCGAGCUACGCUAGCAGCCAGUAUGGAAGUCCCUACACUUACCCAGCUUACCCCUACACUUACAACCACCCUGUGCCUGUCGCUACCGUUCCUCAAGUUGCACCUUUGAUACCACUGGAUAUUCCUGAAAAAGACAAACCCCUCGAGUUUACAUCAGAAACUUCAACAGAUGAGAACGGUGAUAAAGUUUAUUUGAUAACUGUGACGACCACUCAUAGUAAGCCAACUGGCCAAUCAAACGCUCCAGGAUCCACGCAACCGAACAGUAAUGUUGUGACUCCAGUGGUGUACCCUGUCCCAGUGACGCCGUACAAGCCAGUCCCUGCCCCCAUCGUCCCGGGAGCACCUCCGGUCAUCCCCAACCACUUGUUCGAUGCUUACUUGUCGAGUCUGCUGCAGCAGUUCGGUUACGUCUACCCUCCGACGACGACUGUGACUGGAUCCAGCGCGACCGCCGCGAGCUCUGCAUCCACCGUCCAGGCUCCAGGGUCGUACCAACCGUACCAACACAGCUACCCGCCAACAUGGCUGGGAUGGAACGAAUACUAUCCUUACCACCAGAAACCUGGCACCUCUGUUGUGCCAACAAGCUCUACCUCAGGUACGGCAUGGUCAAGUGCGACUAGCACACAAGGCAACCCUGGUGCUGGACAACCUCAAUACAACAACCCAGGCAGCGCUACCUCGGCCACUACCACUACCAGUUCAACCACUUCAGGGAGCCCGGCGCAGCCAACUUCUGGUCAACCUCAGGGGCAAAACCCCACCAACAAUCCAGGAGAAAGCCAACCUACCAAUCCUGGGUCUGUCACUCAAAAACCCAAUAUUGGAAACCCGCAAGCCGGUAAUAGCAACCCAGUGCAACAAACUACACCGUCUAAUAGUAACCCAGGGCAACAGAGCCAAGGAAACAACCCUAAUUCUGGCAACAGCCCAGUUACAGGAAAACCACAGCAGCAACCGUCUCCAGGAUCUCAGCAAAACCAAAACCCACAGAACACCUCCGUAUCCAGUACCAGCUCCUCAGGCGCAUGGGCAUCGUCAGGAGGAAGCAAACCCAACGGCCAAAAACCUACCAACCUAGCGCCUGGCUCUCAAACACCCAAUAAUAAUGGAAACUCGCAACCCGGUAACAACCCAGUACAACAAACUACACCGUCUAAUAGUAACCCAGGGCAACAGAGCCCUAACCAAGGAAACAAACCUAAUUCUGGCAACAGCCCAGUUACAGGAAAACCACAGCAGCAAUGGACUCCAGGAUCUUCGCAAAACCCACAGAACAACUCUAAUCCGGCGCAGACAACUUCUGGUCAACCUCAGAGUCAAAACCCCACCAACUAUCCAGGAGAAAACCAACCUACCAAACCUACGCCUGGCUCUCAAAAACCCGGUAAUAAUGGAAACCCGCAACCCGGUAACAACCCAGUACAACAAACUACACCGUCUACUAGCAACCAAGGGCAACAGAACGGUAACCCAGGAAACAAUCCUAGUACUCCUGGUUCAACCAAACCUGAUUCUGGCAACAGCCCAGUAGGACAAAACCCACAGAACGCACCCGUAUCUAGCACCAGCUCCUCAACCGCAUGGGCAUCGUCAGGUACCACACCUGCCCCAGUAAAUCAACAAUCCAAACCAACCACAACAACCAGUCAACCUGAUGACAGUGGAUCAUGGUACGACGACUACUCUUCUGGAAGUGAUGAAUCCGAUGAUGGACCUCAACCUUCAAAUACUAAACCAACAACUGGACCACAAAAUACUAAACCUACAGGACCUCAACAAAACCCACAGAACGCCCCCUCAAGUACCCCAUCAGACAUACAAAAUGACGCUCCCAGUGAUAAUAACAGCUGGGAUGAUGAUGAUGAUGACGAAUCGAGUGACGAAUCUGAAGACGACACCCAAUACGGUGGUUCAGGCCAACAACAGCAGCCACAGACCACAACUGCUGCAUCUAGCUCCAGCUCCACUAGUACCACAUCAGGCCAACAACCCGCUACCAAUACAGGUUACACAAAACCCGUUAGCUCAGGAAGCCAACCUCAAAAUGGAAACCCUGGUCAACAACAACAGCCACAGACGACAACUGCUGCAUCUAGCUCCAGCUCCACUAGUACCACAUCAGGCCAACAACCCGCUACCAAUAUAGGUUACACAAAACCCGUUAGCUCAGGAAGCCAACCUCAAAAUGGAAACCCUGGUCAACAACAACAGCCACAGACGACAACUGCUGCAUCUAGCUCCAGCUCCACUAGUACCACAUCAGGCCAACAACCCGCUACCAAUACAGGUUACACAAAACCCGUUAGCUCAGGAAGCCAACCUCAAAAUGGAAACCCUGGUCAACAACAGCCGUCUCAGAACACUGCUACUUCAACUAGCUUCAGCUCCACUAGUACCACACCAGGCCAACAACCCGGUACCAGUCCAGGUUACACAAAACCCGGUAACUCAGGAAGCCAACCUCAAAAUGGAAACCCUGGUCAACAACAACAGCCACAGACGACAACUGCUGCAUCUAGCUCCAGCUCCACUAGUACCACAUCAGGCCAACGACCCGUUAACAAUCAAGGAAACUCACCACAAAAUGGAAACGGUAGUUCAAAUCAAGCACCGACGCCGCAGAACAAUGCUAGCGCAACUAGCUCCAGCGCUGCUUCUAGCAGCACCACAGGCCAACCGCAGCAGCCACAGACCACAACUGCUUCAAGUAGCUCCAGCUCCACUAAUAGCACACAAGGCAGUGGCCAAGGAAACUCACCACAAAAUGGAAAGCCUGCUCAACAACAGCCGUCGCAGAGUACUGUUACUGCAACUAGCUCCAGCUCCUCUACUAGCAACUCAGGCCAACAACCCGGUAGCAAUCCAGGAACCCAACCUCAAACUGGAAACCCAGGAUCCGGUACAAAGCCAACAACCAGUACAUCCGCUACUUCUACCAGCACAGCCUCUGGUCAGAGCGGCUCUUCGUCAGGCACGGCUGUCUCCACCGGGCCGCAGCCAGGUAUUGGAAAGAUCUGUGUCUGCUACGAUAAUGUGUAUCUGAUGCCACCGACUGUGCGCCGGCAGGUUGGCCUCAACUGAUCUGCUUGACUUCUUGGAACCGAAUGAAUACCGACGCUUCGCCAGAAUAGGCGCUCUUUAAAUAAAAAGAUUUAUGUUGCAUU